AAAAACUUGUCUUGUCUUUCUUCCUGCCUUCUCUUCUCGCUCUCUCUUUCAAUUCCUUGGUGGGUUCAAUCACCAUCAUCAUCAACAAUACACCAUGGGUAUGGUGGUGUUGUUUGCAACAAUAACAAUAAUCCUGUUUCUGUCAAUAUUCUUGAAAGUUGCAUAUGAUAUCUUCUCAUGUUACUGGUAUAUACCAAGACGCAUCAAGAGAAUAAUGGAUAGGCAAGGAGUGUAUGGCCCCAAACCUCGGCCUUUGAUCGGCAACAUAUUAGACAUGGCCUCUCUUGUCUCCAAAUCAACCUCCAAAGACAUGGACCACAUUCACCAUGACAUUGUCGGCCGGCUCUUGCCACAUUAUGUUGCCUGGUCUAAACAAUAUGGGAAGAGAUUUAUAUAUUGGAAUGGGAUGGAGCCAAGGAUGUGUUUAGCAGAGACUGGAUUGAUCAUGGAGUUAUUGACAAAGUAUAGUACUAAAGUUGGGAAAUCAUGGCUUCAACAACAAGGAUCAAAGCAUUUUAUCGGUCGAGGAUUGUUAAUGGCUAAUGGGAAUGACUGGUACCAUCAACGGCGUAUUGUUGCUCCGGCAUUCAUGGGUGACAGACUCAAGAAAAAUGCUGGACACAUGGUGGAAUGCACUAACCAGAUGCUCCAAUCGCUACAAAAUGCAGUGGAAUCAGGGGAAACAGAGUUUGAAAUUGGAGAGUACAUGACCAGACUCACUGCUGAUAUAAUCUCCCGAACCGAAUUCGGGACUGGUUGCGAGAAAGGAAAGCAAAUUUUUCGUUUAUUAACAGGACUCCAACGUCUCUGUGCUCAAGCAAGCAGACACUUGUGCUUUCCUGGAAGUCGAUUUGUUCCUAAUAAAUAUAACAGAGAAAUAAAGUCAUUGAAGAUGGAAGUUGAGAGACUUUUAAUGGAGAUAAUACAGAGCAGGAAAGAUUGUGUAGAGAUUGGUAGGAGCAGUUCUUAUGGGAACGAUUUGCUUGGGAUGUUACUCAAUGAGAUGCAGAAAAAGAGAGGAAAUAAUGGGUUUAGCUUAAACUUGCAAUUGAUAAUGGAUGAAUGCAAGACUUUCUUCUUUGCUGGACAUGAAACAACUGCUCUCUUGCUCACAUGGACUGUCAUGCUUCUUGCAAGCAAUCCUUCAUGGCAGGACAAGGUUAGAGCAGAGGUUAUGCAGGUCUGCAAUGGUGGAACUCCCUCUCUUGAUCAUCUCUCCAAGCUAACCUUGUUAAACAUGGUAAUUAAUGAAUCCCUAAGGUUAUAUCCACCGGCGACCUUGCUUCCUAGAAUGGCCUUUGAAGACAUCAAAUUGGGUGACCUAUACAUUCCAAAAGGACUAUCAAUAUGGAUUCCAGUUUUGGCAAUUCAUCACAGUGAAGAAUUAUGGGGUAAAGAUUCAAAUGAGUUCAAUCCUAAUAGAUUUGCAUCCAAGAGUUCCGGCCCCGGCCGGCAUUUCAUCCCCUUCGCCGCCGGCCAGAGGAAUUGCAUCGGGCAAUCCUUUGCCAUUAUGGAGGCUAAGAUCAUAUUAGCCAUGUUAAUCUCACGGUUUAGCUUCACCAUUUCAGAGAGCUAUCGACAUGCUCCGGUUGUAGUCCUCACAAUAAAGCCUAAAUAUGGAGUUCAAGUAUGCUUGAAGCCUUUAAAUCUUUGAGAAAACAAAACAAACAAAAGGUUUUGAUGAAAAUUUGAUUUUGUUAAUUAUAUAGUUGAUGAUGAGAGAGUUUGGGUAAUAAUGGUGAUUUUUUUUUAUUUCUUUUCUCUUGUAUACAUAAUAUUAAAGUUUGAGGGUUAUUUUUUUAUGAUGAGGAAUUAUGUGUCUUUGGUACAUGUAAACUCUGAUAAGUCGCAAAGUGUUGAUGUAAAGACUUGAACUUGAAUUCUCCGACGAAAUGAAUUCAUUCCA